AUGAACCAAGAUAUGGUUAUCAAGAUUAUGCCCUUUCUUGCCAAGAAAUCAAUACUUGCACUCCAUUACAUAACUGGGGACCCGAAAUAUCCCAUUUACGUCAUCAACGAAUAUAAGUCCAGGUUGAACACAAUCUCUUUAGAAAAGAUCACCGCUCUAGUCCAAAAGGCCAUAGAUAUAGAGAGGAAUGAUCUGGCAAUGGAAUACUUGUGCCAUCUGUCCCCGGGGAGAAUGGCCAGGAUAUUGUUCAGGAUAGCAGAGAAUACAGAGCCAGAGAAGACGAGUCACGUGAUUUCAAGCUUGAAGAGAAGCCAUUCGUGCCUACUAUGCAGCAUGAAUAACAGAUGCUCGGAGGUUAUAACCCGCCUGGAAGGCAUUGUAAGGAACAUAAAAUCGUAUACGUACUACUGUAAAUAA